AUGCCCGACGCCGGGCAUUCCACCCCGUCCAGGAGCACCACUGCUGCCGACUUGCUUCCGCAACUGCUGGCCCACGAUGGUCAUCAUUGCUCAUCAUCGCAAGUGCGGAUACAGCUGGCUCCCACGACCCUGCCCAGCGCCAACGCGUCGAGCUCUUCAACUUCGUCGCCGCUGGCGGGUCAACCUUGCUGCGCAUCGGUACCUAUCGCAUCGACAUCCAAGACCAACACGCUGCCAUCAAUGACGCGACGGGUCUCGCCUCACAAGAGUCCUUCACCACGGUCACCUGCGCGAGCUCAGUUGAUGGCACCGGACGGGGAGGUCGCGUCCCCGGCAACUGUACGCGCUACCGAAGUCGUAGCACCCAACCCUGACCCCAACGGCAAAGGCAAAGCCAAGGCAUCGGAUCAGAACGAACCCUCGAUAUCCCUCAUGCGUCGACUUGCCGGUCCGAGCGAUCAAAAGGCGGGCUUGUUACGCGACAAGGACGAGGUCCGUGCUUCCAAUGUCAAAAUCGCUCGACUUGAUUCGAGACUGCGCGCUGACCAGUGCAUGAACGGUGCAUGAACGGUGUUCUUAUAUUCUCCAGGUUAAACAAAUCAUCUAUGAGGCUUCGAAAGGAUCGGCGUACUUCAAGCAGCAAGAGAAGCGUGACGCCGAACUAACGCUCAAGGUCGACGCCAUGGUCUCCCGCCUCGAACGAGAAAUCAAGUCGCGAAGAGGCAACCUCAGUGCCGAGGAAGCCUUGGCGGAUGCCAUGAUUGCCGAGAUGGAGAAAACGAGAAUUUUAUCCGAGACGAUCGUCGUCGUCGAUGCCGAUGCGUUCUAUGCGUCGUGUCAUCAGAGGGAGGACCCUUCGUUGGCCGGCAAAGCCUUUGGUGUAGGCGGCGGCAGUGGAGGUGGGGUCCUGACGACGGCGUCGUACGAGGCCAGACGGUAUGGGUGUUCAUCGGCGAUGGCGGGAUUCGUCGCCAAGAAACUGUGCCCCCACAUCCUCUUUGUCAAACCCGACUUUUCGCUCUACACCAAAUGCUCGAAGGAGAUUUUCUGCAUCCUCGCCAAGUACGGUCAAAUCUCGCCAGCCUCGCUCGACGAAGCUUGUACGUCACCACACAGGUGCGAUCCGAUAUUCACUUUGGGAUUCACUCAUCGCUCUUUUAUUUCGCAGACUGCUCUUUGACGGACUAUUGCGAACGCGAAAAGUGUUCGCCGGCCGAAGCGGCCGAACGGAUGCGCGCCGAAAUUCUCCAGGAAACGGGUCUUUCAGUCUCGGCCGGCGUCUCACCGAACGCGAUGCUGUCCAAAGUGGCCGCCGACCGCAACAAGCCGAACGGUCAAUGCGUUAUCGCCCCUACGGCCGAAGCCUGCCGUGAAUUCGCCUCUUCGUUGAUGAUUCGUCAAGUGCCGGGCAUUGGGAGGGUUUCGGAACGGGUGCUGCAUGCGGUCGGGGUCCACACCGUGGCCGAUGUCUACAGGGAACGAGGCAAACUGUUCCUGGUCCGGGAAAAAAUUGGGCUAAACUUCCUCUUGAACGCCUACCUCGGCUUGGGUCGUACGGAAAUCACGCACGCGAAUCGCGAGGACCGUAAAGGGAUCAGCGUCGAACGAACCUUUUCGGCCAGUGCCGACCUCCCCGGUUUCUACGCGCGAUUGAAGAACAUCGCCGAUGCGUUGGCGGAAGAUUGUCAAGAGGCCGAGUUUGCGGGGAGGACGAUCACGCUCAAGCUCAAGUAUGAUAACUACGAUUUGAUUUCCAGAGCGACGACGUUGGGCCCUUCGAUCUACACCGACGAUGCGAGGACGUUGUAUCGCGAGGGCAAGAGGUUGUUGGAGAAGGAGUUCGAAGGGUGGAAGAAGGAACGGGCCAAGGGGAACAAGACGAAAGGUGGGAACCGGUUUGCUCUAAGGUUGAUUGGGUUGAGGGUAUCGAAUUUGAGGGAUACGAGGGCGCUCAAGGAGGGGAAGGGGAAGAUUGAGGAUUGGGUUGGGCAGGGGAAGAGGAAGAGGCCUGAGGAGGGAGGGAAGCAAGCGCGUAGCAAGAGCCAAAAGACGAGCAAGUUAUCGAACUAUAGAGAAACCGUCGGGAUCGACCAAGAGAGCAAGAUGGACGACGGCGAUGGCCUUCAGGAGGAUGUCCUGAAGAUGGAGGAUGAGGAACCGGCCUCGUCGGACCCGCUGUGGGCAUCUUUUGACCACGACCUGAACGAUAACGAGAACGAAGGAGAAGAAGCGUUUCUCUCUGAGAUUGACGCGUUUGCUUCGGAGUACGGACCGGUCGAUACGACAUACAAGCCUUUUUACACGGCAGGGGAGAGUCUGAACUCGAAGAAGGAAGCCAAGAGGGAAGGCCCGGCGCCGGAGAAGGAUCAGCUGCGUUUCGCGGAGAGGGAGGUCUUGGUUCUCAGUGAUAGCGAUGGUGAGGGCGAGGGUGCGGAGGACGGGUUGGAGGCAGAGGGGAAGAGGGGAAAGAAGCAGUUGAGCUGUCCGGUGUGCUUCAAGAGUUUUGCUGGGUCCGAGGUGGCGCUGUCGGCGCACGUCGCGAAGCAUUUUGAUGAGCGCCAGCCGUCGAGUGGUGAGUUUUUUUGCACUUCAUGUUUUCCCUCUCCCGGGAAGUUGAUGAUCAUCCCACCGAACGGCGCACGCGCGCAGGCAAGAAGCGAAAAGUGCGGAACGGAGCACGACAACAGGUAACCGCAUCCAAGGUGGUCAUACCGAGUAAGCAACCGACUGCUGCCGGUGGGGUCGCGGUGGGUAGCAAGCUUUUCAAGCGCAAGUAG